AUGGCCGCAGCAGACUGGCACUUCAGUGUGCACGACGUCGUGCUGCACCGAAGUGAAAGGACCGACGUCCACGGGUACCUCUACGUUGGGUCCUGGCCCGCCAGUCAUGGUCCUGUCGCAAAACUGCCGGCUCUGCCGCGUGGUUUAUCCUGCCAGGACAAGAGCUGUUCUGGCUGUGGCUACUUGCUCUCGGAGCGUUUCAACCUUGCGCCAUAUUCUGCCCGUGAGGCACUUACGUGUUGCUGCACGUCGUCCUUGUGGUCUGCCCUGCCAAGCGAAGCGCGGGAUUUGUCGUCCCUGGGAGGCUUGGGCGCAGGCAGCGACUUGGCUAGCCUGGCCUCGUCUUGCGCUGAUCUCUUCGUCUUGAUUGGAGAGCGAGAAUCGCAGUCUUGUCUAUUUGCUCACGACCUUUCUUUGCCAGGAGUCGUGCAGGGCGAGGAGCGGUCAUUGUAGGUCCCCAUCGGGUCAUUUACAGCAGAGAACCACUUCAUGCACGCCGUGAUUUGGCCGGACGAGCCGCAUCCAGGUCAGCCGGGCUUGCCUAGGUGUUAUCGAUGGGUAA